AUGGCGGCUUCACCAGAGUCGCUUUACAGUGUUUUGCUGGACAAGCUUUGGUGUCUACGAGAAUCUCAAUCCGAUAGAGACUGGAAUGGCAACGUAAAAUAUGUAUCUUUGUUUAUGAUGGCCGACACAAUGUACAGUAGCUGUUGCAUGGAUGAGGAUGGAGCAUCGCACAUCAAUGCUGAUUAUGUCGUGCACUACGGGCACGCAUGCUUCAGCUCGACUACAACUCUUCCAGCAUUCUUUGUUUUUGGAAAAGCUUCAACUGGUGUGUCCAAUUGUGUAAAAAAUUUAUCAGAUCAUGCUAUGAGAAAUGGCAAACCUGUCCUGGUCCCCUUUAGGCUAGAAUAUGCACAUUUGAUACAGCAUAUAAGAGAUGAAAUGGUAGAAGCAUGUAUGAGUAGCUCUAGAUUAGAAAUCCAAUUUGCUGAAACUAUGUCUUUGGACAUGAAUCCAUCAAAAUCUCAUAAGAUCUCCAAUGGGAGCUUGGAAGCAGCUAAUGUCUUCUCUGAUGAUAAAUGUAUCAGGACAGUAGUUGGUAAUAGAUAUACCAUUGGAGGCUUGGUCUGGGAAUUACAUGAGGAAAACAAAAUGGAGGACUACUUGUUUUUUUGGAUUGGUUGUGGAAAUGCUGCAUUUGCAAGUGUUGUACUGACGUUAAAUGGUUGUGAAAUAGUCAAAUAUGAUGCAAAGUCAAAUUGCAUGGUGACAGACUUAUCUCAACAAAGAAGAAAUCUUAAGCAUAGGUAUGUGAUGAUGUUUGUACAGAUGUUACCUGGUCAAGAGAAGGCAAAGGAUGUGAACAUUAUUGGUUUUCUAGUUGGAACUCUUGGUGUAGCUGGUUACCUACACAUGAUUAAUCUGCAAAAUGAUGGUUUGGUUAUUGAUUAUAUAUGA